AGACUUAUAAAGCUCGCCGGACAGUAAACACGGAGAGGUUUCUGAGAGGAACAUGUCGGAGCGCGUCGGCUUCAUCACUCGCGUGCAGAGCUUCUGCGCGAGCCAUCGCUUACACAGCAAAUCUUUAAGUGAUGAGGAGAAUAAAAUAAUAUUUGGGAAAUGCAACAAUCCUAAUGGCCAUGGUCAUAACUAUAAAGUUGAAGUGACGGUGCGAGGAAAGAUCGACAGAAACACAGGCAUGGUGAUGAAUCUGACGGACCUGAAGGAGUGUAUCGAGGAGGUCAUCAUGAAACCUCUUGACCAUAAGAACCUGGACCGGGACGUUCCUUACUUUGCUGAUGUGGUCAGCACUACAGAAAACCUGUCCGUGUUUAUAUGGGACGGCAUGGCGAAGCUUCUCCCGCCGGACAGCCUGUACGAGAUCAAGGUGUACGAGACCGAGAAGAACAUCGUGGUGUACAGAGGAGGAUAGAGACGUGAU